CAGGCAGGGGCGGGUCCCACCUCUCCGCUGCCCUGGGCCGGCCUGCGCCAGCCUCUGUCCCCCGACCGAGGCUCUCAGAGGUCCCUUCUGGCCCGCGACUCCUGUGCCUCCUCCCGCGCUUGGAACUCAACUGGAGAUUGAAGAAAAGAAUAGCAGCAACUCUCUGAACAGAAAAGUGACCACUUUCUGGAAGAUCCUUCUGACCCAUCCCUUCUGUCAUGAAGAUCGCAGUGAUUGGGCAGAGCUUGUUUGGCCAGGAAGUUUACUGCCACCUCAGGAAGGAGGGCCAUGAGGUCGUGGGCGUGUUCACUGUCCCAGACAAGGAUGGGAAGGCGGAUCCCCUGGGCCUGGAAGCUGAGAAGGAUGGAGUGCCAGUGUUCAAGUUCCCCCGCUGGCGGGUAAAAGGACAGGCUCUGCCUGAUGUGGUGGCGAAAUACCAGGCUUUGGGUGCCGAGCUCAACGUCCUGCCCUUCUGCAGCCAGUUCAUCCCCAUGGAGGUCAUCAGUGCCCCCUGCCAUGGCUCCAUCAUCUACCACCCAAGUCUGCUCCCCCGGCACCGAGGGGCCUCGGCCAUCAACUGGACCCUCAUUCAUGGAGACAAGAAAGGGGGGUUUACCAUCUUCUGGGCAGAUGAUGGUCUGGACACUGGGGACCUUCUGCUCCAGAAGGAGUGUGAGAUCCUCCCGGACGACACCGUGAGCACUCUGUACAACCGCUUCCUCUUCCCUGAAGGCAUCAAAGGGAUGGUGCAGGCUGUGAGGCUGAUUGCGGAGGGCAAAGCACCCAGACUCCCUCAGCCUGAGGAGGGAGCCACCUAUGAGGGCAUUCAGAAGAAGGAAACAGCCAAGAUCAACUGGGAGCAGCCAGCAGAAGCCAUUCAUAACUGGAUCCGAGGGAAUGACAAGGUGCCGGGCGCCUGGACAGAGGCCUGUGGGCAGAAGCUGACUUUCUUCAACUCAACGCUGAACACUGCAGGCUUGGUGCCCAAGGGAGAAGAUUUGCCCAUCCUGGGAGCCCAUCGGCCAGGGGUAGUCACCAAAGCGGGACUCAUCCUUUUCGGGAAUGAUGACAGAAUGCUGCUGGUGAAGAACCUCCAGCUGGAGGAUGGCAAGAUGAUCCCAGCCUCCCACUUCUUCAAGGGAGUGGACAGCAAUGCCCUUGAGCUGACUGAGGAAGAGCUGGUCAUGGCAGAGGCUGUGAGGAGUGCCUGGAAACGGAUUCUCCCCAGUGUCCUGGAGGUGGAAGACUCCACCGAUUUCUUCAAGUCAGGGGCUGCAUCAGUGGACGUUGUGAGACUGGUUGAGGAAAUGAAGGAGCUGUGUGAUGAACUGGAAUUAGAAAAUGAAGAUGUUUACAUGGCAACCACUUUUGGGGACUUCAUCCAACUAUUAGUGAGAAAGCUACGAGGGGAUGACAAAGACCACGAGUGCAUCAUUGACUAUGUGAACCGCCUGGCCAGGUUGGCAGACCUCAUGGAGCAGCAUCAGGAAGAACUGGCCACCAUCGAGGCUUUAGAUGCAGGUGCUGUCUACACAUUGGCUCUGAAGACCCAUGUGGGCAUGUCCAUCCAGACAUUCCGCUACUUCGCUGGCUGGUGUGACAAAAUUCAGGGCUCCACCAUCCCUAUCAACCACGCCAGACCGAACCGCAACCUGACCUUGACCAGGAAGGAGCCUAUCGGGGUCUGUGGCAUUGUCAUCCCUUGGAACUACCCCCUGAUGAUGCUCUCCUGGAAGACGGCUGCCUGCCUGGCUGCUGGGAACACAGUGGUGAUCAAGCCUGCCCAGGUGACCCCACUCACAGCCUUGAAGUUUGCAGAGUUGACCUUGAAGGCUGGCAUUCCCAAGGGUGUGGUCAAUAUCCUCCCAGGAUCUGGCUCUCUAGUUGGCCAGAGACUCUCAGACCAUCCCGAUGUGCGGAAAAUUGGGUUCACAGGUUCCACAGAGGUGGGAAAACACAUCAUGAAGAGUUGUGCCCUGAGUAACGUGAAGAAGGUGUCCCUGGAGCUGGGAGGGAAGUCGCCCCUCAUCAUCUUUGCUGACUGUGACCUCAGCAAGGCUGUGCAGAUGGGGAUGAGCUCCGUCUUCUUCAACAAAGGGGAAAACUGCAUUGCCGCGGGACGGCUUUUUGUGGAGGACUCGAUCCACGACCAGUUUGUACAGAAGGUGGUAGAAGAGGUGAGGAAGAUGAAGAUCGGCAACCCUCUAGACCGGGACACCAACCAUGGGCCACAGAACCACCAAGCCCACCUGCAGAAGCUGGUGGAGUACUGCCAGUGCGGCGUGGAGGAAGGGGCCACGCUGGUCUGUGGUGGGAGUCAAGUCGCUCGGCCAGGUUUCUUCUUCGAGCCGACUGUUUUCACAGAUGUGGAGGACCACAUGUUCAUAGCCAAGGAGGAGUCCUUUGGGCCCAUCAUGAUCAUCUCUCGGUUUGCUGAUGGCGAUGUGGACACUGUGCUGUCUCGGGCCAAUGCCACGGAGUUUGGCCUGGCUUCCGGCAUCUUCACCAGGGACAUCAACAAGGCCCUGUAUGUCAGCGACAAGCUGGAGGCCGGCACCGUGUUUGUCAACACAUACAACAAGACUGACGUGGCCGCUCCCUUUGGAGGGUUCAAGCAGUCCGGCUUUGGCAAAGACCUCGGAGAGGCAGCCCUGAAUGAGUACCUGCGGGUCAAGACGGUUACUUUCGAGUACUGAUGAAAGGUCUCCUGCGAGAAAGCUCCCCUCUCCACAAUGUGUCCUUGCCCUCCAUAACCAGGCCUGAACCAGCCUGCCUUCUCAGGGAGAGACCAAGGCUGCUUCCCCGGAGUUCCUGCCCUCUCACCUCCUCCUGAGCAAGCAACACUUCCACAGGAAGCACUGGUGGAAGCCCCCUGCCUGCACCUCUGUCCCUGCUGGGACAUCCUCACCCCUAUCUGAUCACAGUGGCCUUUGGCGAGGUGAGAAGGUGGCCCCAGGGUGAAUAAAGGUUCUGGCCA